AUGAAAGCAAUUUUAAUAUUUGACAGUGUAAAUGAUUUGUUGUAUUCAAAGUGGGAUGAGGAAUUUCUGAGUAGAAUGAAAUCAUUUAAUGAACAGGAAAGCAACGAAAAUAUUACAGACAGUCACCAUAUAUCUCAGCUUCUUUCGCCUAUAAUAACAUCGCAAAGAAUUAUGGCAGCUCAAUUUAGCAACACUUAUACUUCUAUGCAAUGCAAAGAUAAAACUACAAUAGUUUUUGAUGAGUGGUUAGACCAUGUGUUUAUGAUAAUCAGCGAAGAUAAUAUUGAUGACUCUCAUAGAGAGCUGCUAGACUGUAAAACAUUAGUGCAGCAUGUGUGUGGCCAAAAUAUCAACCUCCUACAUUCCUCAAUAUAUCAAGAUUGGUUAUCAGUGCUCCUAGAGAGUCGUUUAAAGGGAGAUUCUAUCCCAGGUGCAAGUGGAGUAAUUGGCGAAAGUGGGGCAACAAUAGCGGCUCUUAAUGCUCUUAAGACUGUGUCUAAAGAACUCAAAACAGCACCACAUCAGCAUUACCAUCUUAUGCUUUUUGUCGGAGACAAAAUGCUUGCUCUUUAUUCGAGUCGAGGCAGUGAUGACUUAAUGCCACCUGAUUUGAUACUACUGAGUACACAAUGCAUUGCUGCUCAAGAAUAUUGGAGCGAUCUCGAUCAAAUGGGGGGUGAUAAGAAUUCGCGUUUGCCAUGGUUGUCAGAGCAAAACAGUGCAAUAGUCAACAUGUGUGCUGGUAGCACAGGAUCGCCCUGUGCCCCACAUUCUCUCCAUCUUUUAGAAGUGGCACCUCGCGUCAUAUUUGUGGCGCUGAUUGACAUGGAACUGAGGGAAGUGGGAAUAGCAACCCAUUUGUCCAGUCAAAUUCUGAUGAACCUAAGAAAGAUUUUACUUCAAAGAAAUCUAGAACUAUUACCUAAUUCUCUAGAUACUUUAGAAGCUGCUUUAAAGAAGACAACGGACGCACUCCGUAAGAACAAAGGGAAUGCAAAUCUCUGCGCCCGCGUCUCUAGUAGGAUGUUGGAACUACGCAAGUCUUGCACGACAACAACGCCCCUUACCCCCGAAACAACAGCAACAGCUAUGCAUACAGCUCUCGACGCUGUGAUAGAGCUGUUGAAGCCAGACAUACCUAGCCUCAGGACUGAACAACCGCUAAAGGAUCUCAAAGGAUUGCUUUCGCCUUAUAUAGACUUUCUUCAAGUGAAGGCGAAGCGUUACUUCAGUCUUGGAUCUGGUGACCUGGAGGGGAGUAGUUCCCUAACCCUGCACAAGUAUGUGGAAGAGUUCCCCGGACUCAUCCACUUCAUCUAUGUGGAUCGGACCACGGGACGCUUCCUGGCGCCCGAUAUGGCGGACUGUGUGGAUAUGCUUACACCUGAAACGAUUAGGAGUAUAAUGCGUCGAACAAUGUUCGCUCUUCGCGAGGGCUAUGGUGCGGCUACGUGGCGGCGUGGUGCUCUCCACGUUUGCGCAGUGCAGUGGUGGGAAAGACGUGGUGUGCCAGUGCGCCCGGCACCGCACCACCCUGCCGCUUUGCGUGCUCUUGCCCCGCCCGGUGAUAUACUGGGCACGUUCUACAGGCAAUUGAUAGAGCUGGUAUUCCCGAAUGACACCCAAGGAGUGAAUAUAAAAGAGUUAAUCUGUGUGCAUUUGGGCUUGCUUCCUGCUUCCACUGCGGUGCAGCAAGCGCGGCGGCUGGCCCACUCAGUAUAUGAACUAGCUGGAGAAAACCCCGCUAUCGCUUCUGAUUUAUUGUAA